UGUGUGGCGUUAACUGAAUGCCACUUCCUAAUAUGGGGUCACAUCGCAUAUAUGGGGGAGGGGGACGACGACUCCCCCCACCCCGGCAACGAAAUUUGGCCUCGCAUCAUUUCGUUCCACCUUUAGCCUCACUGCCGUGGUCUUCAGAGUGCACGGGCACGAACUGUGCGAGUCGAGUGCGAGUGAGGAGUUGAAGCUGCAGAGGAGGUAAAGGGAGUCGUGGGCUCGGUGCGGGACUGCAAUCGCUGCUGCUGCUCUUCUGUGUGUGCCGUGGUGGCUGCAGGGGUCACUUCCUUGCCAUGGUUAAACAUAGAGCAACAUGGACACAAUCAGGUAGAAAAAUCUUCAUAGUGAUCGUCAGCAUCAUCAGCAACAACGAUGGAGCAAAAUACGCAAACUCGGAAGCAACGGACUCCAUGUCCCCGCCUCCUGCUCAUGGCAGUCGCUACGGGGCUCGGCGGCAGCUUCCAGUACGGGCUCAACCUCUCCCUCAUCAACGUCCCCACCAAGGUUGUGCAGGGUUUCAUUAACAGCACGUGGGAGUCGCGCUAUGGGCACCCCGUGAGCAGUUCCGUGCUCACGCUGAUCUGGUCCAUCAUUGCGUCCGUGUUCGCCGUGGGGGGACUCGCGGGGGCCAUUCUCGCGGGGCCCAUGGCUCAGCAACUUGGCAGGAAGUGCGGUCUCCUCGCUAACAAUGCGUUCGCGAUCCUCGCCUCUGUCCUCAUGGGGGUGAGCGACGUCUCCUCCUCAUUUGAGCUCCUCAUCAUCGGCCGUUUCCUCAUCGGGGUCAACUGCGGAGUGGGGCUGAGCCUGCAGCCCAUGUACCUGAGCGAGUGCGCCCCACAGCACCAGAGAGGUGCCCUCGCUAUGAGCACAUCCAUCUUCCUCACCCUGGGCAUCUUCUGCGGGCAGAUAGUCGGGCUACGGGAGGUGCUGGGAGGGCAGCAGCAGCUGUGGGCUGUGGUACUGGCGCUCCCUGUGCUGCCGGCGCUCACACAGCUGCUCGUGCUUCCUUUCUUCCCCGAGAGCCCCUGCUACCUCCUCAUCGACAGAGGCCAGCCCCAGCAAGCGCGCCAAGUGCUCGCAUGGUUACGUGGUGGUGAUGGCAGUAAUGGUGGUGGCAGCUGUAGUGAUGUUGCUGCUGGUGGUGGUGAUGGUAACAGUGCUGAUAUUGGUCAGGGCACUGGCGGUUCUCCCCUGGAGCACCGACUGGAUGAGGAGCUUUUGGCCAUGAGAGCGGAGCAGGAACAGAUGUCUGAGGGCCCCAGGUCCGUGUGGGAUGUGAUGAGGAACCGCGGAACGAGGUGGCAACUUAUCACCGUGCUUCUGCUCAACGUCACUCAGCAGCUCAGUGGACUGAAUGCGAUUUACUUCUAUUCCACGUACGUGUUCAAGGAGGCAAAGAUCCCAGAGGAGAAGAUCCCCUACGUGACACUGGGGACUGGAGCUGCGGAAAUUAUCACCGCCAUGUCCUGCGGCAUGCUGGUGGAUGGCCUGGGCAGGAGACCUCUGCUGCUGUGUGGCUAUGUUCUCAUGUCGCUUUGUUGUGCAGCCAUCACCGUGUCUCUGGCACUUCAGGAGCGCUCUAUCUGGAUGCCUUACCUCAGCGUGGCUCUCACCUUUGCCUACAUCCUCAGCUUCGGCAUCGGCCCCGGAGGGAUCAUGGGGAUCUUGCCAGCAGAGCUCUUCAUGCAAGACUCGCGCUCGGCCGCGUUCGUCAUCAGCGGCAGCGUCAACUGGUUCAGUUUCUUCCUCAUUGGCCUCCUCUUCCCUUUUCUUGUGGAGGGCAUGGGGCCCUACUGCUUCGUGUUCUUCAUGGUGGACUGCGUCAUGGGAUCUAUUAUUGUGUGCAUCCUCCUCCCCGAGACAAAGGACCGGUCCUUCGUCGAGAUCUCGCGUCUCUUCCACUCAAGAAAUUACGGCCACGCGCAGCCCCUCUCCUCCUCCUUUGCCACGUGCCAGAACGAGGCUGCGCCGCUUACACAAAGUGACCAGCUCGAGGAGUGACCGGGGAUGUGCGUUGGUUUUCAAAAAGCUCACGUUGAUUUCCUGCUGCUAACGUUGAGCGUUGAAGCAUUUAUGCUCAUCUCCCGUUUACAGAACCUGCAGAGUCCUUGAUGGGAAUUCCACAUUCCUAUGGUAAGGGGGGAGUUUCUCCACAUGACAACAAUUUUGAUCUUCCCCCACAAAAUAAUAUUUGUUUAAUCGAAGGAUGAUGGGCCAAAGAAACCCACUAACCGACUCGCAACCUUCCUAUUGCGAGCUGCUCGAUCACUCUACAUAAAAGUUUAAAUAUUAAACUUAAGAAAAUAAACUGUAGAGGUGGAGAGAGGUGCCAUGGUGGCCCUGAGUUCAGAGUGAUGUGCUGGUAAGGCUGUGAUCCUGGGUUCAAAUCCAGAUUUCAUCCACUGCCUGCGAUUUAAAAUGGGUUCUGUUGUGUAGUGAAUUGAUGGUCUGAGCCCAGUCACGAAGGACUCGCAUAGAGACCGAUGAUAUUAAAUUCGGAUCCGCACUUGAUUUAAAAAAAAAUCCAUCUCUGAGCAUUAAAACGUAGUUUUGACUGCCACGUGGCGAGCAUGACAGUCAGUGGCAAGGGUGGGUGAGAAAAUGCUACUUUCUACUCUAUAGAUUAGAGGUCACUUGAAAGAAUCUCAGAGGUAGCUCUGUGCUAUUCACAUCGCAGACCCUGCUCUUGGGUUCCAGUAGCUCAGCAGCUGAUGAUCGUGAGGGUUGGGGAGUUUGACCGGACCUCUAUCCAACCCCUCGUAAAGCAGUCCAGUGCACCUGAGCUCCCGGCAUUACAGCCACUCCCCAGCACAGUCAACCGAAUCAGGGAGCCACUGACUUCCAAAAUACACUUUAAUAAUUAACACAACAACGAAACAUCACAUUAAACAAUUACAUUAUCCAACCCACUCGCAUCUCCCCGAAAGUUCCCCAACUGGACAAUGGAGUCUUAACUCUGGACACUCUUCCUGGCCUCAUGCAGGAGCAGCUCUGAUGCAGGAGCAGCUUGCAGCCUCUGACCCCAGCGCUCUGAUGCAGUGAAGACACGCCCGUCAAUAGUUUCAGUCGGGUGAAUGCUGGAGAGACUCACGGCAUUCAUACUCAGCGAUGCUGUAGACGUCGAACGCCCUCUGGUCACAGGUUGCAGAAAUGUAGAAGCCUGGGAAGUUCAUCAACGGUGAACUCUCCCUUCUUGAAAGUGCACGGUGGAGGCAGGAUCACCACGCAAGUACUGUGCACAGACCGGGCAGCAGACCCUUCACAACGUGCCAUAGAGCAUAGGGGUCACGAACCGAGUCAUUGAUGUGCACAGAAUAGAACGAUCUGUGAAACUCAAUGAUGAGUCGGUUGGCAAAUCUGCAAGCCGCUCUGAAAGCGAGUCAGACAGGUUCGAAACUAGUUUUCUUCCAAAGACAUUUCAGCCUCCUCCACAUCUGCUUUGCAACGAUCACCUCGGGUGACAGCCAGUUACCGUGCACAUUCCCUGUUCUCUUUGUGCUUGUUCGGCUGGACAUGAGUUCAUCAAGAACAGCAGUGAUGCAAUUUUCUAAUUGAGCUCCAAAUAAAUCGACCGUGUACCUGAAAUAUUCAGAAACAACCUUCGGCACUCCCUCACUCUGCCUGAAAACUGAAAUAUAAAAUAUGAUCACACACAUGCGCCAGUACUCUACCCUUAAAGUGAACAUUCACGGAUAUCACCUGUUGAAUUUUGAAAAACACAUUAAACAGUUAACCACUUUGCCUGGAGUCUGAAUUAUCAUUGGUGUAAAAUAACGUUCUGCCCUGAACUCUCUGAUAACCAUUUUAAAAAUAUUUAAUGGCUAUGGCCCCAAUGCAUGGCUCAUAUGUACAC